AUGGGGUACGUAGAUAACCAUGGCAAUUCUCCUUGUGUACCCUUGAGUAUUUGUCUCGCGUAUAGUAAACAAUUUAAAGAAAAUAACGUUCUGAUUUUUGAUUCAAGAGCGAGUCAAAUUGUCAAACGGUCUGGUUUUGUACGUCUGCGCCCUUGUUUCCUAAUGACGUUGGAAGGCGCUGCGGGUACAACUAGUGAUCGUACAAGCGGUUCCACCAGCGUACAGGUUCCCACUAACCACGCAAGAGAAAACCACUACCAUCUUCGUACAAAGUCUACACUUUCUGACCCUAAAGUAAUUAGUAAUGCUAGCGACACGACCGCAGCUGUGGACGACUCACGCCGUGUGACUUCGGACAUGAUUUCGUUCAAAGCGACUGUCGUACCAAGUUCAAACGACGUAUGGACUUCGAAACCUCGCAACGUAUCUUCACCUAAACGACGUUAUUGGCGCUUAGUACAUCGUAAGAAAGUAAACGAUCAAGAGGACAACGAGAAGUUGACACUGUUGCGCCAGUCGCACCCAUUUCACGAGAUGAAAAUCGAAUCCACUGUUGAAAGUAUGAAUAGUGAUUUGUCAAAAAAUGGGUACAUGUACUCACGUGGAAGUGUCGAAAGUGAUCUUUCAUUACUUGAUACUAAAGACCGACAGAGUUAUAGCACUCGUCGGGGCAGCAGAGUGCGUGCAUGGAAAGCACUGAGCGUCACACACGAAGCUGAUGGAGAUGCUACAGCCAUCGCAACGCUCGUGAACACGACACCGAUGACAGUCUGGAGUACAUUUUUGCAAACUGUUCAUAGUUUUGCAAACAACGUGGCAGUCUCUGGACGUGAAAAUGGGUCCGCACUAACAAAUGGGACGUACACAUGGCUACAACAUGCUGAGCGAGUACGAUGUGUAAUCCGAGCGUUGGUACAACUCGGAUUUUGUGCAGGAGAAGGUGUCGUUGUCUGUGCGUCCACAAGCCCACUCGUACAAACGAUUAACCUCGCAGUUAUAGCUUUAGGUGGUGUUAUCGCUCACGUUCGUAGCUCAUGGAGUACUUGUGAGCUUCAAGACUAUAUCUUACCAAUUGCCAAAGCCACCAUUGUUGUAGUCGACGUCUUGAAUGAUUCUUUUCGAGAAAUUGUGGAAACACUGGACAAACAGUCUCAAGCCUUGCACUUCAAUCUCCGAGCUGUUAUUAUACUUGGAGAUGCUACCGCGGUAGACGUUGCUGCUGCAAAUGUACAGACAAAUCUAAACGUCCUAAAAGCACAAGAUCUACUUGCGUACAGCUCUCUCACAACCGAUGAGGCUGCACUGACACCGUCAAUCGAGUCACUGAUGACUAGUGUACGACCCAGUCAGUGCUGUUUGUUAGCAUUUGACUAUGACGCACUCGGUCGCAUACGAGCUGCUGAAUUAUCGCAUGACAAUGUUUUAUUCACAGCUGCUGCAUUGGUACGAAGCUUUGGUCUCAAUCAUCGCGAUCGAUUAGUCGGUUACUUGCCAUUGUACCAUGUAGCGUCCCAAGUGCUUGAAUUGUACGUACCAUUAAUUGCUGGACUGUCCGUCGUGUGUGCACCAACGUACAAUCAGCCACUUGUUUGUGCGGUCAUGGAACACAAACCGACAGUAUUUUUUGCUACACCUGCAACGUGGGCACGCUUUAGUCAGCAAGUGUACCGUGCCAAAAGCGGUGUAAAUGCAGCCAUCUACCGCUGGGCCAAGAUUCGUGCUACAAAACACUCCCAAAAACUAUUGUUUGCACGAAGUCGAGGUUCUCGACACCGCAGUCUAGGCUACAUGCUUGCGAAAGCUUUAGUAUUGAACAAUAUUAAGAAAAAAAUUGGGCUUGAGAGCUGUACUGCGUGCUACUCGAUGCUGGCACCACUUGAUUUCGAGCUUGAACGAUUGUUCAAGACAGUGGAUACGCCCAUCUAUCAGCUUUUUGGCACAGCUGAAAAUUGUGGCUUUGCAGCUAUAAAUUUUCCUCAUUCGUGGGAAUUUGGGACAUCAGGUCGUGCAUUGCCGGGUACAACCAUUCGGUGUGAUGAACGCUCGCAAGAGACGGUUUUACGCGGCCGAAAUGUCUUCUUAGGUUAUCGCAAUCCACGGUCUUCUUCUGAGCUUCUAAGCCACAAAGACAAUGACGUCUAUACGUUUCGAACCAUUUCUGAUGGUUGGCUUCGGAUGCGUCAACGUGCUUUUUUAACUCCGACUGGUUUUCUUCGCCUAAAUGACCCAAACGACUUUUUAGUGCUUUCCACAGGGGACUGGGUCCCUAUUCACCCGUUUGAGUUUGCAAUGCUAGAGUUGAUGCCAGAACUCGAACGUGCAGUUUUGAUAGGCGAUGGCCGUACGUUUCUUAGUGCAUUAUUCUUUCUUAAAACAUGUGGCGGAGCUUCUCGCUCGGGUACUGGAUACAAUAAACAAGGAGGUGGGCGACAGCUUGAUGACGAUGCACUACGAGUAGGCUAUACAAUUGGAAGCACGGCCAUAACAGUGAGCGAAGCCAUUCGUUGUCAACAAUGGGCUGUGCAUUUUGACGCGGUAUUAGAGGAACUUCCAUUGGUUUGCAAUGUCUCUGGCUACCGUGUACGAAAGUGGAUUCUAAUGGCGGCUGACUUUUCCGUCGAGUCGGGUGAAUUGGAUCCCGACACAGGGGAUGUCUGCCGUCGUGCAGUGGACCGAAAGUACCACGCUUUGUUUGAAUCACUUUACAGUUAA